GCCAGUGUGUGGGUCAGAUGGGUUGACUUAUGAUAAUGAUUGUUACCGUCAGCUGGCUCAGUGUAAACUUCAGAAACCUGUUAAAUUUGUUCAAACAGGUCCCUGUGUCCGGGAUCCCUGCUUGAACCUUGAGUGUCCUAAGAACCAAAUGUGCCUUCCUUCCUUUGAUCUUGCUUCAGCUAGAUGUGUAUGCAAGGGACCCUGCCCGGAAUCUACUAAAUCAGAUAUUGUUUGUGGAUUGGAUGGUAUGGAUUAUAAUCCCCUUCUAUAUGUCUAGAUAUUGUUUGUGGAUUGGAUGGUAUGGAUUAUAAUCUC